GCUCUGUGAGACCCCGUGUGUUUGUGUGUGUGUAUGUGUGUUGGUGGAUGUGAGUACGAGGAAGCAGCGGCCGCCAUUUCAGAGAGCUUGUCGAAGCUGUCGCAGGGGUGGAUCCUGAGCUGCCGAAGCCGCCGUCCUGCACUUCCGCGCGGGCUCCUCUAAUCCCAUUGUUUCUUUUAGAUUCGCUCGGGCCUAUCCGCCCUCGGAGCCCGAAAUUCGGGCUGGGCGGUACCGCGGCCUGGGCCUAGCGGCUUAACAGUAGCAACAGCGGCGGCAGCAACAGCAGCAGCCCCCGUCUUUCCGAAUACAAGCACCCCAGGGGCCCGAAAGCCCGCACAGGCGUUUAGAGAAAAUGGCAGACGAUAUUGAUAUUGAAGCAAUGCUUGAGGCUCCUUACAAGAAGACUUGCCUAACGAUAUCUCACCUCUACUCCCAUGAAUUCACCUUUGAUUCCAGUGUGAACUGUCAAUCAUAAGGUAGUAAUUGAGUGACUUAUCGCUGUACCGUGGUCCCCUAGGUAAAAUGACUCAACUAAGAAUUACCAGCUCCAGUUUGGUAUAGCAAAAAGGUGAAUGUAGUGGUUUGGGAAAAUAGCAGGGGUCCAAGAAUAACAAAGCAUAACCAGUCUGUGGCAAGCAAAUCUUUAAAUAAGUUUUACAAGAAGAAAUGGGUGAGAUUUAAAUUUUCUUCUAUAUAUAUACAUAUAUAUAUGACUGGUGAUAGUAAAUAUUGAAACAGGCAGGUGAUGAUCUGCUCAGUUAAAAAUUACUAAAAUUCUUGGAUCCCUGAAUAGAAAUUUUUUUUUAAAGCAAAGGAGGCAGUAUCACAAACUUAAAGUCACUUGAUGACUGUUUUUACUGUUCUCCAUAUUUUACUUUUAAUUAGUCCCUGCCAUAAUAUUUCACACUAAAAGCUACAGAGGAAUUAUUUUGGCUAAUAGUAUAGUCUUUGACCCAUUUCAGUAUCACAGUAAAAGUAAAGUGUCUUUUCAUUCUUUCACCAGUUGGUGGUGAAAAUAGCAGUAUGCAUGCAUUAUCACUGGUGUCACAAACUGUAAGCUUUGUAAGUUAGGACUUAUACUUCUAUAACUGAUGUGAUCAAACUUUGAAAAUAAACAUUGCACUAAACCUUUUAAAAAUAAUACAUCUGUUUUGGAUUGUAUAGCACGACCAUGUGGUACCAAUAUGGAUGAAUUCUUUCUAGCUUUAAAUGGUGUAUGUAGUUUUAUAAUGCUUAGACUCUUGAAGAACUUUCUAUUUUAAUGUUAAGAUUCUUGUGUCUUAGUUUAACAUGGAUGUAGUUCCAUGUAAACAGGUAUGGAAGUAGGAAAUGUUUAGGCUGGACUGGUGGAUUAUUAAUUGACUUUCUUGGGUUCUUGGGAGUCAACAUUACUAAAGCAGUGUGAAUCCCUGUUUGCUUCAGGGCGAGAUGUGUGACAGAGGUGGCAUCAAGCUCUUACAGUCCCAACCCUCCAACGGAAAUGGGCGAAGAUCUCAGGAAUGGCAUCGGUCACAGGAAAUCGAUAGUGGCUGGCUGCUAGCAUGGCCACUUGGGGCUUAGGCAGAAAUAGAGCCAUGGUACUGACCAAAGGGACCAUAGCACAUGGAAUAAAACUCAAAACAGGACUUCAUUCAUGUUUUAUAGAAAUUCUAUUUAACCACUUGAACACUGUAAAUCUGGAUAACUUAAUAUCUAACUAUAUAAGAAAGUAAAAUUUAACAUGUUAAUAUGCAUUUUUAUUUUUGUAUCACGAUGACUUAAUUGUAAGCAACAAAGUGGUUAAACACAUACCCAUCUAAAUUUUUUUAUAGCCUUCCAUGUUAAAUUAUAAGCAAGUAAUUAGUUUUAAAAUUGUUUUGUAUUUUCUUAUUCCUAUUCCCUUUACCCUUUGACAACUUGAAAUGUUACCACUUCGUCCUCAUGAUGUUCUUCUAUCAACCCUGCUUAGGAUGAGAACAAGUUGAGCAGUGCUAACGGCCAUGAAGAACGUAGCAAAAAGUAAGAAAAAAAGCAAGAGCAGAAGUCGUAGUCAUGAACGUAAAAGAAGCAAAAGUAAGGAACGGAAACGAAGUAGAGAUAGAGAAAGGAAAAAGAGUAAAAGCCGUGAAAGGAAGCGAAGUAGAAGCAAAGAAAGGAGACGAAGCCGCUCAAGAAGUCGAGAUCGCAGAUUCAGAGGCCGCUACAGAAGUCCUUACUCCGGACCAAAAUUUAACAGUGCCAUCCGAGGAAAGAUUGGGUUGCCUCAUAGCAUCAAAUUAAGCAGACGACGCUCCCGAAGCAAAAGUCCAUUCAGAAAAGACAAGAGCCCUGUGAGGGAACCUAUUGAUAAUCUAACUCCUGAGGAAAGAGAUGCAAGGACAGUUUUCUGCAUGCAGCUGGCAGCAAGAAUUCGCCCAAGGGAUUUGGAAGAGUUUUUCUCUACAGUAGGAAAGGUUCGAGAUGUGAGAAUGAUUUCUGAUAGAAAUUCAAGACGUUCCAAAGGAAUUGCAUAUGUGGAGUUUGUUGAUGUUAGCUCGGUGCCUCUAGCAAUAGGAUUAACUGGCCAACGUGUUUUAGGAGUGCCAAUCAUAGUACAAGCGUCACAGGCAGAAAAAAACAGAGCUGCAGCAAUGGCAAACAAUCUACAAAAGGGAAGUGCUGGACCUAUGAGGCUUUAUGUGGGCUCGUUACACUUUAACAUAACUGAAGAUAUGCUUCGGGGGAUCUUUGAGCCUUUUGGAAGGAUUGAAAGUAUCCAACUCAUGAUGGAUAGUGAAACAGGUCGAUCUAAGGGAUAUGGUUUUAUUACGUUUUCCGAUUCAGAAUGUGCCAAGAAGGCUCUGGAACAACUUAAUGGAUUUGAACUAGCAGGGAGACCAAUGAAAGUUGGUCAUGUUACUGAACGUACUGAUGCUUCCAGUGCUAGCUCAUUUUUGGACAGUGAUGAACUGGAAAGGACUGGAAUUGACUUGGGAACAACUGGUCGUCUCCAAUUAAUGGCAAGACUCGCAGAGGGUACAGGUUUGCAGAUCCCACCAGCAGCACAGCAGGCUCUACAAAUGAGUGGCUCUUUGGCAUUUGGUGCUGUGGCAGAAUUCUCUUUUGUUAUAGAUUUGCAAACAAGACUUUCUCAACAGACUGAAGCUUCAGCUUUAGCUGCAGCUGCCUCUGUCCAGCCUCUUGCAACACAGUGUUUUCAACUCUCUAACAUGUUUAACCCUCAAACAGAAGAAGAAGUUGGAUGGGAUACAGAGAUUAAGGAUGAUGUGAUUGAAGAAUGUAAUAAACAUGGAGGAGUUAUUCAUAUUUACGUUGACAAAAAUUCAGCUCAGGGCAAUGUGUAUGUGAAGUGCCCAUCAAUUGCUGCAGCCAUUGCUGCUGUCAAUGCAUUGCAUGGCCGGUGGUUUGCUGGUAAAAUGAUAACAGCAGCAUAUGUACCUCUUCCAACUUAUCACAACCUCUUCCCUGAUUCUAUGACAGCAACGCAACUACUGGUUCCAAGUAGACGAUGAAGGAAGAUAUAGUCCCUUAUGUACAUAGCUUUUUUUCUUUCUUGAGAAUUCAUCUUGAGUUAUCUUUUAUUUAGAUAAAAAUAAAGAGGCAAGGGUCUACUGUCAUUUGUAUACAAUUCCUGUUACCUUGAAAAAAUAAAAAUGUUAACAGGAAUGCAGUGUGCUCAUUAUCCCUAACUAGCAAAUCCCACUGUAUACAAAGCUGUUCUCUUGUUCUGCCUUUUAAAUGUACAUGUAGAAAAUUACAUUAAGGAUCUAUAGGAAUAGCUCUAGGGGGGAACAAAUGUGCUUAAUGUAAAAAGGCAGACAGGGAUGUAAUUAUGUUUUUAAUGUUUCAGAAGCCUAACUUUUUACACAGCAGUUACAUUUCACGUUUCACUAAUGUUGAUAUUUGGCUAAUGGUUUGGCAGAGGUUUCUGGAGUACACUUUUAGUGUAUGGGAAUUCAAGACAGCUAAAGGGCUGUAUGAUUAACAUCUCAUCUUGCAUCAUGAUCAAUUGGCAAGAAAAGGAGAUUUCAAGAUUACAUUUCCAGAUGGUAUCUUUUCAAUUUAAUGUAUCUGUAAAAGUUUCUUUGUAAAUAUUAUGUGUUCUGGUGUGUCUUAAGAUUCCAAACAAAAUGAUCCCUGCAUUUCCUCAAAAUGUUUAGUGGCAGUCUGGUAAGCAAA